AUGUGUGUUUCAUUCUUUUAUUUCGAUGAAAAUCCGUCAGCAAAGUAUAAACUUGUUUUUGUUAAUAAUCGUGAUGAAUACCUCGAUCGACCGACAAGCCGUAGUAAAUGGGAAAAUGGAAUUUUAGCAGGAAGAGAUGAAAAAGAUUUGAGUAGAGGAACGUGGCUCUGUAUGGAUAAAAAUGGACGAGUGGCAAAUCUGCUGUCACUAACUGUGCCAAUUUCCAGUUUAAAACGAUCUGCUCUAAGUAGAGGUCGAAUUCCUUUAGAUUUUAUCUAUGGUAAUAAAAGUAAUGAGGAUUUUUGCGAAUCACUUGUAGAUUGCGUUGAAUACUUCAACCCCUUCCAAAUUCUCUGCUUUGAACAAGAUGCAAAAGGCCAGUAUGGAUGUUGCAUUUUUGCCACUGAACUUGUUGAUAAAAUUCGACCAAAAAAGUUAUCACCAGGUGUCUAUGGAAUCGGUAAUACGCCAUUAGAUCAGCCAUUCAAAAAAGUUCAACGAGGUAUUAACCACAUGCAAAAAAUUGUUGACGAAAUAAAAAUUGGUGAUGACUUUUUUACUAGGUGUUUUCCCGAUGAACUUUUAAAAAAACAAUGUGGUACAUCAAAUGAACUGUGUCGGUAUCAAUCAGCUCUUUUUGUUCAGUAUCCUGAUGGAAUAAGAUAUGGAACAAGGACACAUACAAUAAUUCUUGUUGAUCGUUUAAAUCGUGUCACUUUUCACGAGAAAACAAUGAUAAAAGCACCAAAAGUGAUCAGUAAUGCUGAAUGGGAUGAGCGAACAUUCCGUUUUACCUUAAAUCCAAUUUAUUAG